UGUCAGGAGGAGAGGAACACGGGUGUAUUCAGUGCCAUUUCCCCAGACGCUCAGGGUUUACUGAUAUUCCUGAGGUAGAUAUUGACCGUUAUGACAGUUGCCGGUUUUUAACGGUCUCUGCUCGUGCGGAUUCAAAAUUAUAUUUUUUAAAAAUGCUUCCACGCGGAUGCGCGUGCAUGGCUCUGAUACUCGCUGCUGGAUCGUCAGUAAUCCGCGAGUGCAUUGAACUAAAUGGAUCAUCUUAUAAGGGGGUAAAACAGAUCAGUUCCUCCGGACAGAGCUGCUUACACUGGUUAGAAAUAAGCAACGCGUACAACCUCAGCCUUGGCUUGAGCGCUGACCCAGGAGAGUGGAAUCACAGCUACUGCCGCAACCCAGAUGCCUCUGGCAAGCCGUGGUGUUUUGUAACUGCUCAAGAAAAAGGAUUUGAGAGACAAGACUGCAUUUUAGAGACAUGUCCAGUAAACACGCAGCCACCAAAUGUCCACCUGGCACUCGGGAAGAGUGUCACAGUGAAACCUGACCCUGGCUUGAGCAGGAGACCAAGCAAGAAAAAUGACCCCGGUGCCCUGGGCUACACGUUAGCAGCCCUUCUCAUGGUGAUCAUCAUAGUGCCGGGGACAGGAAUUGCCGUCAUCUACUUCUAUAAGAAGAGCCUUAAACUGAAGAUGCAGCAGAAGCAGAGAGCCCACGAUCAGGAAAUGCACCGACUCAACCUCCAGCAGUCUGCCUUCUGUAACGCCGCCUGCGACCUCACUGAUGAGAGCAGAGAACAGACGGAUAAAGAGAAAGCCUCUGAAAAACCUACAAGCACAGACGAGAUAGAAGAAGACAAUAACCUGGGGAAAGACGGGUGAUUUAGCGUUCUUUCUCUGAGAAGAAUAUUAGAAAGCUUGUUUAGACUGGAUAUUAGACACUAAUGAACAUUAAGCUCAUCCGAUUCACAGCUAAUACGAUUAUCUGGUAGUAAAUCAACAUGGCUCAGACCUCUAAUCUUUUUUAAUGAACAGGAAACACAAGAUGCGGCCUGUGCCACGUCUCCUCAGUAUUACUUUGGCCAUGUUUAGUUCGACGACAAAAUGUUUUUCAAUGUUAAUGAUUUCAAUGUAGUCUUAAGAUAAUUUAAUUAAAUAAUUCAUUGUUUAACUGUUUAUUUUAUUGUAGCAUUUCGUUUUAAACAUUCCCAGCACUUUGUAGCCAAAAAUGCAAAAUUCCGUUUUACUAAUGCUAAUAGAAAGAAAAUGUAGUUUUGUUAAUUCUUCUUCUUAUGACCAUGUGCUGGUCAUACAGUAGG